AUGGGAGAAGAACAAAAUCAUCCUAGAGGACUUGAAAUCAACCCUGUCCUAAUUUGCCUUCUUGGUGUCAUAGCCGGUGCUUUAAUCGUCGUUAUUUUACAUUUUCUAAUAGUAACAUGGUGCAAAAAUACUUCACCGGAUCCUCUAGAGCAAAACGCAACCAUCUCAGUAAGUCAAAGACAAAAUCAAAGCCAAAAUCGCGCUCGUGCUAAUAAUGCUCAACCAGAGACAUCUAGUAGCACGAGCGCGAGCACAAGUGAUUCAAUGGUGCAAGUGAUCGUUUUGUCGAGGUACAACAAAGAUUCUAAAGAAGAUAUGUGUUCUAUAUGCUUGUGUGAGUUUAUGGAAGGGGAUGAAAUUAGGGUAUUGUCUCAAUGCAUGCAUAUUUUUCAUGUUCCAUGCAUCGAUGUGUGGUUGCAUUCUCACCGGAAUUGCCCGCUUUGUCGUGCGGAUGCCAAAAAGGCUCUUCCACAACGGCGUUUGACAGGGUUUUUGCCGGAGUCCCAGAGGCAAUUAUAUAACUUACAUCCAAUGGGUUCAGAAUGA